AUGGCGGGUGUUUUAUGGAUGCUUUUUGUUGUUUUCUGUCCUUUGGUUCUGUCUGAGAGUGGAGAAUCUGGAGAUUAUGAUUGGCCUGAGAAAGAAGUGACCUGCACAUCCACUUUGACCUUCAAGCAGAAUAACCUCACCUGUUCGCUAAAUGAUGAACCCAAAGAGGAGGUCAAAAUCGCAAUACUCUGCCCAAUUAUUGAAAUAAAACGUUGUGAACAUGCUACUUUAGGACCACAAGACUUUACUUUUGAGAAUUUGGGGAUUUCGAAUACAUACAAGCUCCAAGUAAAUAUAGGAGACAAGGUUAUUAAAAAAGACAUCGACCUGAGGAAAAUCGUCAAAAUCCCAGCUCCUGAGAUAAAGCUUGCCACAUAUAUGAACGACAUAGAAGAAGUUAUCAUAUGGUCUGAACACAGUCAUGAAUAUGUUACCAACCCUGCCUUUCAAGUGGAAAUCUGGGGGGACAAACAGUCCAUCAGGGAUGUUAUUAAUUAUAAGUACUUCAGUAUCAGCAAGAACACACUUGGUGGAGAUGGUGUUUACUAUACACGUGUUAGAGCAAAACCUGUAAAUUACUUUGAAGGCAAUUGGAGUGAGUGGAGUUCAACGGCCAGUUUCACCAUAAAAAAAGAAACACACAUCUUGCACACCCAGUGCCUUGAUGCCUGCGGACCCUCGUGCCAAACGCUGGAGCUUCAGGCGCUGUGA